AUGGCUUCCUCCACAUCGCUUGAAAAUGGGCACGGCAAGGCUCAACUCGAUGGCAAGGACGUGCCUGGAGCAACAGUCACCAUCAAAGACAACGCAACUCCAAGUAUUCGUUAUGGAGAGCUGAGAGAUAUCGUCAUUGAUGAUGCCGUUCAAAAGAGCAUCGUACGCAAGCUGGACACCAGGCUGUUGCCAAUUCUCAGCUUCAUGUACCUCUUCAAUGCCAUUGACAGGAGCAACCUCGGCAACGCUAAGACGGACAGUCUUCUUGAAGACUUGAACGUGACGGAGACACAGUACAGCCUUACCUUAGUCCUCUUCUACGUUACAUUCUGCGGGUUUGAUGUGCCCGCCAACAUGCUUCUAAAACGCUCGACGGGCAAGAUCAUGCUACCCUCCAUCAUGGUAGCUUGGGGUUCGAUGACCCUCUUGCAGUGUGCUGCCCACAACUGGGCUGGUCUGCUGACCUGCCGACUAUUCAUGGGCUUGUUCGAGGCUGGGUUCAUGGCUGGCGUGGUGUACUAUCUCACGACCUUUUACCGCCGCAACGAACUCGCUCUUCGGAUAUCGCUCUUUUACGGCUCAGCCACGAUAGCAGGGGCAUUCAGCGGUCUCAUCGCUUAUGGGGUUUUCCAAAUUCAGCACACUACCGUGCCAGGAUGGAAGUUUCUGAUGAUCGUUGAAGGCGGCUGUACAGUCUUGCUCGCCACAUUCGCAUACUGGUACCUUCCAGCGGAUGUCAAGAAAUGUCACUGGUUCUCGGAUGUCGAGCGUCUUGUCGCUGAAGAUCGAAUGCUCAGAGAUAGCUCAACUGUCGUUAACGAAGAUUUCAGCUUCAAGAAUGCUGCGGCCACCGUUGGUAACUGGAUCCCCGUCUUGGUGAAGAGUCUGGGCUACUCGACAGUCAAGACGAAUCUCUACACGGUCGCCCCUUACUGUGUUGGGACGGUAGUACUUCUCGUCCUUUCCUUCUCCUCCGACCACUUUCGGGAAAGGGGCAUUCACCUCACAGUUGCCAUGCUCAUCACGCUGUGUGGAUUCAUUAUUCUUGCUGCUGUCGAUGUUAGCAAUCAUCAAACUGUAGGAUACUUCGCCUGCUUCCUGCUCACCGCCGGGGCAUUCGUUCCGUCUUGUAUCUUCCACGCUUGGCACAACAACAACCACGUCUCGGAGAAUGGACGAGCGACAGUGACUGGAUUCAUGGUUGGAGCUGCAAACUCGUGUGGAAUCGUGAGUUCAUUAUCGUUCAAAGCGAACACGGCGCCGCGAUACCUGACAGCCUUGAUCAGCGGUGCAGCUCUCCAGGGGUUCGGCAUCAUGUUGGUGCUGAGCCUCGGCACUUGGUAUAGAUGGGAUAACAGGAGGAGAGACAAGGCCGCUGGAAGGACGCUUCGACCAGAAGAAGUCGACACGGCGACGUUGACAGGGGAGUACGAUGACGCAGGCUGGAGGUGGACAGCCUGA